AUGGCAUUGGCAGCUCAACUCGCAGCUUUGCAUAACACAAUAAAGGAUUUUGUCAUGGUUAUGGAAGAAUCCAAGCAACCAGCCCCAGCUCCAAUAGUUGCUACAACACCUAUAUGCUCACUUUGCUAUGGUGCUCAUCUAUUUGAAGAAUGCCCCAACAACCUAACAUCGGUUCUUUAUAUGGGAGGCUUCAACUACAAUUACAACAACCACAACCAAUUUGAUCAGCAGGGAUGGCUGAACCAAGGAUGUAAUUUUUCCCAAAAUCAAGGCCAAAGUUACCAAUACCAGCAGCCUUAUCAUGGAUGGCAGCAGUCAUUUGAACCGGAUGAACCUUACUUACCUUGUUUUGUGCAGUCUUCUUUUGUUGAACAGCUAGAGCAACAUGUUGCAGAAGCUCAACCUCCAAAUGAGCAGUGGAUGAAUCAAAUGCUAGAAAAUCAUGAAGUUAUGCUUCAAGGUCAUGGAGCUAUCUUGAAGAGCCUUGAGAUACAAAUGGGGCAGAUUGCUUCUGCCCUUAGUAGUAGACCUUUGGAGACACUACCAAGUGACACAGAAAUACCUAAAAGGGAUGGAAAAGAAGUGUGCAAAGCCCUCAACUUGAGGAAUGGACAGCAAGUGGAUAACUUUGUUACAGCCCAACCAUCAACCACUCAAUCCUCACCUCAAGACAAAGAUGAUGAAGAGGAAAACAUUGUUGAACCAGUAAGGGCAGCAAUGAAAUCAAAUGAAUUAGACAAGCCUAUGCACAAUAUUGAGGCUCAUCAACCUAUAUCAAAGGCAAGACAGAUCCCUUCUCCUCAAAGACUCCAAGAGCAGCAACAGGAGCACUGUCUCUCCAACAAUUUGUCAGCCAAGCUGGAAAAUCCAGGUUCUUUUACAAUAACUCCUCAAAUAGCUGAUAGGUCACUUGCACACCAUGAUGGAAAAAUAGAGAACAAAUCAGUGAAAGUUUAUAGGUUUAUUUUUCCAGCAAAUUUCAUAAUAGUUGAUUUUGAAGCUGACAAGGAUAUGCCUAUUAUAUUGAAUAGGCCAUUCUUAGUUAUGGAGAAUGCUAUAAUUGAUUUUAAAACAGGAGAACUAACCAUGGGAGUUAAUGAGGGAAAGAUAACUUUUAAUGUUUUAGAAGCCAAGAAUUUCAUUGAUGAAGAUUCUAAUGAUUGUUCUGCUAUUUCUGUUUGGGGUCAUCUGGUUAAUGAUAAUGUGUUUUUAAAUAGUAAAAAUACUAACUUAGGAGAAGGCAACUUCAAUCAUAUAGAGUCUAAACCAGACAACCCACUCUUGAAAGAUUUGAUUCAAAAGAAAAUAAUCAAUUGGUUGGAUACAGGGCAGAUUGUUCUAAUUUUCAAGAUAAGAAUCAAAUUGUUUCCAAUCAAGUUUAGAUGGCUGAAGCAUUACUGGACAAGGCAUGUGAAUAAAGAGAAGAUUUUCAUUUCUUUAUUAGAUGCUGGAUGA